AUGCUCUCAACACAACAACCAACAGAUGCCUCUCCACCUGCUCUCAAUUUGAGAAUCAACCUCUCUCCAUUCCAAACACCAACCUACAUUUACAACAUUCAAUUUUCACCUCUUACAGGAUUUAAAACAUUUAGUUUUACUCACUCCAAUUCGGAUAUUUUAAUUCAUGAAAUUCAAGCACCACAAAUUCUUCACACCAGAACCCUGAAGGGACACAGCAAUCAAAUCAGUGGACUUUCCUUCUCUAAAACCAAUGAAAAUAUGUUAAUUUCCUGCUCUCAUGAUUCCUCUGUUCGUUUGUGGGAUUUGAGAUUGCCUGAUCAAUCUUGUUGUGUGAGUACACAAUCUUUCCAAUUUACUCCACUUGCUCCACAAUUAAAUUCCAUUGAUCUUUCCUUUGGUAAUGGACACUUGUAUGCUGUCGGAAGUGGUUCUACCACACAAGCUGGUUCAAUUGCUGUUGGUGAUUUACGUAAGAAUCCACCAUUGUCUUCCUAUUUAAUGAUGGAAGAAAUUCACAGUGAUUGCAUUAAUCAAGUUUCAUUUGGUUCCAAUAACAUGUUGUACUCUUGUGCUGAUGAUGGUCUGAUACAUAUUUAUGAUAUUUCCGAGUCUAAUCAAAAACAAGUUUAUGAAGAAUUGGAAGAUUCACUUGAUGGUGUCUUGAAUAUUGAGGAUUCUGUUGAAAGAUUUGGAUUUUUGGGAACAACCAAUUGUUUAUAUGCUCUCUCUAGUACUAAUCACCUUCACUUUUGGCUUUAUGAUGCUACAGAAGAUGAAUAUGCUGAUUAUAGAGUAAUGAAACGUGAAGAGGAAUGGCACAACUUUAGACAAUAUAGUCAAACUUAUACUGAACUUUUGGAUAUGAAUGCUCAAGAUAAUUUAUCAUUCAUUGAAGUAACUGGUUCUGUUGGUGAUGAUAGUGUCAUGCUACAUGCUAGCUCAUUGGGUGCUGUCUAUGUUUUCAAGAUGACUGAUUCUUUGAAGAGUCAAGAAUUGAUUGCUGUCAUGAAAGGUGGUCACUCUCAAGAUUCCUUGAUUAGAACUGUUAAGGUUUUAAAUCCAACUACAUUAAUGACUGCAGGUGAGGAUGAUUUUAUUAGAGGAUCUGAUGAAUUUAAUCAAUGGAUAACAAUUGAGGGAAAUACAUUACAUAAUCCAUCAUUAUCAAGUAGAGGAUUUGAUUUGGCUUUCAGACUCGGAAAGCAUUUGGCUUGUAAUUUUUUGAUUAAAAACAAUGAAUCAUUAUCGACUUGUUGUGAUAAUGCUAAUAUUGGAAAGGAUAAUCAAUUGAAUGGAGGAGUGAAGAGAUUAAUAGUAUUUACAUCACCUUAUAGAAGAUGUUUGGAAACUACACAAUACAUUUUGAAAGGAGUUAAUGAAAUACAUACUAAUCAUGGAGAUUUUCAAAAGGAGGCAGAAUAUGAACUAUAUGUUGAAUAUGGAAUUUCUGAAUGGUUUGGAGAGAAAAAGUCAUUUACUAUUGAGAAUAUACCUCAACCUUUGGAAGAAAUAACCAGUUCAACUCAAUUUAAAGAAUUAUUUUCGAGAGCUAAUAAUAUUUCUCAACAAGGAGAAUAUAUAACAGGAAAACAAUUCGAAACCACCUACAUUUCAAAAGAUGGUAAUCCUUUUAAAUAUUUUCUAGAUGAAAAACCAAUUGAAACAGUUGAGGAUUUGGAACAACGAGCAAAGGUUGCUAUGGAUAAUGUUUGGAAUUUUGUAAAAGAUGAGAGUGAUGAAAAUACUCUUGUGUUACUAGUUUCACAUGCAGCAAGUGUCAUUAAAGAAAUUGAAGUAAUUCUUCCAGAAGCAGAUAGACAUAAUGUAAAGGCUGGAAUUUGUGGAUUGAGUAAGGUUGAUUUAGAAGAGGAUAGUUGGAAGUUGAGCAUAAACUCUGAUACGUCAUUCCUAGAUGGUGGAGAUUACUUUUACUGGGAAUUUUCAGAUUACUAUGCCUACUUGGAUAGUCUUAAAAAAUGA